GGCAUUUCUGGCGGAUCAUCGUGCGUCGUCUAGCAACGACGAGCCUUUUUCUCGGACGCCGUCGCCGAAAGAGGAAUAUUCCGAAAUGGCCAAGCGUACAAAGAAGGUCGGGAUCGUGGGGAAGUACGGCACCAGGUAUGGUGCCUCCCUCAGGAAAAUGGCCAAGAAGAUUGAAAUUACGCAGCACGCAAAGUACACCUGCACUUUCUGCGGAAAGGAAACCAUGAAGCGUACCUGCGUUGGAAUCUGGAAGUGUCGGUCGUGCGCGAAAACGGUGGCCGGAGGAGCCUACGUCUACAGCACCACCGCUGCCGCAACUGUCAGGAGUUCCGUGAGGCGUCUCAGGGAGACGAGGCAGCAGUGAUCCGGUUCCGUGUAAAAACAAAUAAACAUCAAAAGCACACACA